AUGCAUAAGACUAAACCUGUAAAUAAUGUGAUUAAUCUUGUAAAAAUUGCUCUGGAGAUAGUACUUAGUGUACUGAGUGCGUAGAUGGAUAUUUUUUACAAUAAGAUCUAACUAAUAAUACAAACACUUGUAAGCCAUGUGAUGCUAGCUGUUAAACUUGCAGUAGUUUUAGUAGUUAUUGUAUUAAAUGCAAUUUAAAUUACUUUCCACUUUACUAUAAUUAAAGUUUUUUAAACUAAUGUACUUAUUGUUAAGGAAGUGAUAGAUUUAAAUAAAAAAAUUAAUGCUAACUAUGUAAUAGUUCUUGUAGUGCAUGUUAGAAUAAUGAAGCUGAUAAUUGUACACAAUGCUAUCCUGGGUAUUAUUUGGAUCACUAGACUUGUUAGCCAUGUGAUAGUACAUGUAAUGAAUGCAGUGGCCCUAGCAAAACAGAUUGUAAAUCAUGUAGGCAAGACAGUUACUUAAAAAUAGUUGAUCAUACUUGCUGGCCAUGUGAUUAAUCUUGCUAAGGAUGCACAGGACCAAAAAAUAGUGAUUGCUUAAAUUGCAAAAUUGGUUAUUCUUUUAAAGAAUAAAUAUGUAUCAAGUGUGAUAUUACUUGUUAAAGAUGUACCGGAACAUCAUCUACAGAGUGUAAAGAAUGCUAUAGUAACUUUUACUUAACUCCAGACAACAGAUGUAUUUCAUGCUAACUAGAUGGAUGGUACAGAAGUGGAUUAUAGUGUUUGCAAUGCUAAUCACCUUGUUAAACAUGCAUAACCAAACCAAAUUUUUGUUUAACAUGUGAGACAGGAUUGUAUUUAUUUCUAGGAUAUUUAAUGUUUGAAAUGUUCUUCAAACUGCUUGACUUGCUCACAAAACGAAGCAAAUUGUUAAACUUGCUCUACUGGAUAAUAUUUGACAAAUGAUAAUAAAUGCGUGGAAUGCAAUUAAAAUGGAUAAUUUAUCUCAGAUAAGGCAUGCAAAACAUGUGAUGUUACAUGUUUAAAAUGUAAUGGAACAUAAAGUACAAACUGCACAGAAUGUAGAACAGGCUCAUAUUUAUCCUAAAACAAUGAGUGUGUUCCAUGUAAUAAAGCCGGACAAUAUAUAUCUUAAACUAAAUGUAUAUAAUGCGAUGUGUCCUGUACUAAAUGCGAUGAACUUGUAAAUAGUCAUUGUUCUUCUUGUGUUGAUGGUUAAUAUUUAACUGUAGAUUUCAAAUGCACACCUUGUACUGACAAUGGAUUUUUUAUCUCAUAAAAUUAAUAUUGUGUUUAAUGUCAUAGUACUUGUAUAAAGUGUAAAGGAAAUACUGAAAAUGAUUGUAUAAAAUGUCAAAUAGGGCUUUACUUAAAUGAUAAAAAUUAGUGUGUUUCAUGUAAUUAAGAUGGAUUAUUUAUCAAUGGAGGCAAGUGCUAAUAAUGUUAUUAAUAUUGUGCUAGUUGCUCUGGGACUCAGAUUACAGAUUGCAAAACUUGUCUAGUAGGAUAUUAUUUGAUAAAUAACAAUUCAUGUGUAAAAUGCGACUAAGAUGGAUAAUUUAUAUCAGGUAUAUAAUGUAAAAACUGUCAUAGUUCAUGUCUAAAAUGUAAUGAUAUAAAUAAAACUAAUUGUACCUAAUGUAGGUCAAAUUUAUACUUGUCUUCAAAUAAUGAAUGUGUAGCAUGCGAUCAACCAGGGCAAUCAAAGUUUGGAACUUAAUGUAUUUAAUGUGACUCCUCAUGUCUAACCUGUGAUGGAACAUAAAAUACUAAUUGCUUAUCUUGCACUAAUGAUAAAUACUUAACUCCAAAAAAAUAAUGCACAUCUUGUACUGAUGAUGGAUAUUUUAUAUCCUCUUAAAAUUAAUGUUAAGAAUGCGAUAAAACAUGUUUGAAAUGCAAAGGAACAACUUCUAAAGAUUGUCUUACAUGUCCAAUAGGCAAAUAUUUAUAUGAAGAUAAUUAGUGUAUUUCUUGUGAUCCAAAUGGAUUCUUUAUAAGUGAAAAUAAGUGCUUUAAAUGUGAUUCUUCUUGUCUUACAUGCAAAGGAACUGCAAAUACUGAUUGUCUAUCAUGCAGCAAAGGUUAGUAUUUGUUAGUCAGUACUUGCGUAAGCAGCUGUAAUACAAAGAAUGGAUACUUUAUCUCAGGCGAUAAAUGUAUUCAAUGUGAUAAAACUUGCAAAACUUGUAGUGGAGAAUUAGAGACGAACUGUUUAUCUUGCGUUUUUGGUUUAAUCUUUUAGCCUAGUUUUAAUAUAUGUGAUAAAUGCGAAGAAGGAUAAUUUUUAAAUAAAUCGACUAAUGAGUGUGAAUAUUGUGAUAAAACUUGUCUAACCUGCAUUGGAACAAAUAAAAACUAAUGCAAAAUAUGUGCUGAUGGAUUAACUUUAAGUAAAGUUACAAAUACUUGUGAAAAUAGUACUGCAAUUAAAAACUAAUAAGAGUAAAUAAAGUAAAUCUAAAAAGUAGGUUGCUUAAAUAAAUAAAGUAAAUCAGAUUCAGAUUGCAUGUAAAGAAUUGAUACCAGUGAGUCUUAAAUCUAAAUUUUAAAUGUUUUAAAUAUUUGCAACAUUGUGGUAUUAAUCCUUUCUUCUGCAUUUACACCGUUUGGAACUUCAAUUGGCUAGAUUUUUUUAUAAAACUCUUAAAUUAUAGGAAAUUACAUUUUUGCUUCAAAACUUUAUUCUCUUUGGAUGAACUAAUUUGAGCUGAAAACUUAUUAUGCAUAUCACGUUGUUUAAUCUGCUAUUUUUAGAAAUACUUAGAUAAGCUCUUAAAACAGCAAACUAAUCUCUUCUAGCUUUUUCGUUUUUAACGCUGUUUAUAUACUAAAAUACCAAUUUCACCUUGAAAAAAUAGACUUGAUUUUAAUAGCUAUUUCGAUACCUGUAUAUUUAAUUUUACAAUCCCUGUGGAGCAUCAAAAUUGGAUUUAAAUUCUAUUAAAUAUCUUCAAAUGAUUUGGCCUCCAUAGAUAGUUUAACUCAAAAAAUAGAAAUAUCUGAUCAAUUUUCUAGAAUUUUUUGGAUAGUAUUUGAAUGGAAAAAAAUUUUUAUUACUGUAUCAUCUUAGCAUAAGACAAUGGUUUAAAUCCUUAGAAUGUUCCUAGUUUAUCACAAAAUAUGCAAUCAAGUUCUAUUUUAAAGAAAAGUAAGAGGAACAAAUAACACUACAACUUAAUAAAUAGAAUAAUUUAAUGACACUAAUAUUAACUAAAUAUUUGAAAUGUUAGAUUAGAAAAAAAAUAAAAUUGAUUGGAAAAGAUUUUGA